AUGUUUGGGUUUAUGAAAUCCCCUGCUAAGAUUGCAAAGCAAAGUUCUGUAGACCCAGGAGCUCUUGAUCCAGCAACUAAAUCCGAUGGGGCUAAGAUUACCCCAGCGAGACGAACUAGUUCUGAACCCGUGCUCAUCACCCCAGACAUGGGUGAUGAGAAACAUGGUAGGCCUAGAACAAGAGGGACUUCUCCUGCUUCAUACCAGAACGAUUUUCGUGACUCGGGAGGGCUAGAGAACCAGAGCGUGCAAGAAUUGGAGAACUAUGCUGUGUACAAGUCUGAGGAGACAACAAAGAGUGUCAACAAUUGCCUCAAGAUUGCUGAGGACAUCAGGGAGAGUGCUACAACCACGCUUGACACAUUGCAUCAGCAGGGUGAUCAGAUUAAUAGGACACACAUGGCGGCUGUCGAUAUAGAUAGGGAUUUGAGCAAGGGUGAAAAGCUUUUAAACGGACUUGGAGGCAUUUUCUCAAAGCCUUGGAAGGCAAAGAAGACCAAGGAGAUCAACGGCCCUGAUAUGAGUGCAGCUUCAACCAGUAAAGGUGCAACUAAAGCGCAGAGGGAAAAGUUGGGCAUAUCUCCUGCACCCAAAGGAGGCCGGUCAGCUCCUCGGACACCUCCUCCUGAAGGCGCAAGUGCCAUUCAGCAAGUCGAGGCUGAGAAGGCAAAGCAAGAUGAUGCUCUUUCAGAUCUAAGUAAUAUUUUGGGCGAUUUGAAGGGAAUGGCUACGGACAUGGGAAGUGAACUCGAGAGGCAAAAUAAAGCUAUGGAUCAUCUCUCUGAGGAUGUGGAUGAACUCAACUCUCGAAUGAAAGGUGCGAAUCAACGAACUCGACGCCUGCUAGGCAAGUGA